AUGGCCUACUGGUGUUUGAUGCUCUUGACUGGGGCCCUUUUAGCAGAUUCCCAGCUGUCCCUGAACCAGGUCAAAGAACUGCUGGUUUUCCCAGGCCAAGUGGCCCAACUCUCCUGCACGCUCAGUCCCAGCCAUGUCACCAUUGGAGACUAUGGAGUGUCCUGGUAUCAGCAGCGUGUGGGCAGUGCCCCUCGUUACCUCUUCUACUACCGCUCUGCAGAGGACCACCACCGGGCCCCUGGCACCCCUGACCGUUUCUCGGCAGCCAUGGAUGCAGCCCACAAUGCCUGCAUCCUGACCAUCAGCCCUGUGCAGCCAGAGGAUGAUGCAGACUAUUACUGUGCUGUGGGCUUUUAG